UGCCCCACCCCUUCCAUCUGAGUAAGUGCCCUGAGUAAGCACAGAACCAGAAGGUGGCUGGGUCCCAGGCAGGCUGUGGGAGGAGGAGCUCUGGAGCUGCAGGGGGAGUUUCAGCCUCUGCCAUGGGGAAGCUUAGUUUGAAGGACCUCAGUACAAGGGAUGAAGCUGAACAGUAACUAUGUAUUGCCCUUUCUCUCCCAGAGCACAAACAUAAAGCACUGCAUGGGAGAACCAGCAAGUGAAAUAUCUGCAGAGACCAUCUUGUGCUGAAACACUGACAUGUUUGGUGUGUAAACAGCAUCCUCUUAUAUACCUACUGCCAACCUGACACAGGAACAUGGUUGUGUAUAUAUUCAGGAGGAGGUGACUGAGCUCAGCCUCAGAGUAUUCUGGGUCAUACUUGGUUAAAAUGUCAGAUUGUGGGAGGAAGGAAAAACGUCUGGAUUCACAGAUCACAGUUCCCAAUAUUUGAUACAUGAAUAUAUUAAGAAAUUUGAUUUUCACAAAAUAUUGAGUAAUGAUAUACACAAAUUGAAUAAGAGCAUACCCAUUCCACAGGAAUUAUUUUAUUGGAAAGAACUGGUUUCUUUCACACAAUCCUCCUCAUUAAAACUCACCCAAAAUAUAGUAAAACUACCUGUAAUGUUCCCGGAAGUGCAGAAGUUGUUGAUGAAAAUCAAGUAAGAUGCUCCAGGAAAACCUACACAUGCUAAAUAAGAAAGACAUAAUCUAUGAUGCAGGCAGUAUUUAAUGUUGAGGGAGCUCACGCACUGAUGCAGCCACCAUAGAACACAGGAUCCAUCCAUGACUCAGCUGAGAACAAGUGAGAGCAUGAGUGUGGUCUGUGGGGUGUAGGGAGGAGCUGAGGUUUUCAGUAAAAUGUUGUGAGGGGAGCAGAGUUGCCAAGGAGUGAUGAGUGAGAUUCUAUUCUUUUCUCCUCAACCACUGUUCUCUCAUAUGAUGAAUAAGAACAGCAGACUGCACACUCAUUCUAACAUAAAGAAUACCUUUUUCUCUGAAAUUGGCAUUGGGAUCUUAGGCAACAGCUUCCUUCUUCUCUUUCACAUCCUAAAGUUCAUUCGUGGACACAGGCUCAGACUCACUGACCUGCCCAUUGGUCUCUUGUCCCUUAUCCACUUACUGAUGCUACUGCUCAUGGCAUUCAUAGCCACAGAUAUUUUUAUUUCUCGGAGGGGCUGGGAUGACAUCAUAUGUAAAUUCCUUGUGUAUCUGUACAGAGUUUUGAGGGGCCUCUCCCUUUGUACCACCAGCAUGUUGAGUGUCCUCCAGGCCAUCAUCCUCAGUCCCAGAAGCUCCUGUUUAGCAAAGCUCAAGCACAAAUAUCCCCAUCACAUCUCCUGUGCCAUUAUUUUCCUGAGUGUCCUCUAUAUGUUAAUUAGCAGUCACAUCUUGUUAUCCAUCAUUGCUACCCCCAAUUUGACCAGGAAUGACUUUCUUUAUGUUACUCAAUCCUGCUCUAUUCUACCCUUGAGUUACGUCAUGCAAAGCAUGUAUUCUACACUGCUGGCCCUCAGGGAAGUCUUUCUUAUUAGUCUCAUGGUCCUCUCAACUUUGUACAUGGUGGUCCUCUUGUGCAGGCACAGGAAACAGGCCCAGCAUCUUCAAGGUACCAGUCUUUCCCCCAAAGCAUCCGCAGAGCAAAGGGCCACCCAGACCAUCCUGAUGCUCAUGACCUUCUUUGUGCUGAUGUCCAUCUUUGACAGCAUUGUCUCCUGCUCAAGAACUAUGUUCCUGGAUGAUCCAACAUCUUACUCUAUCCAUAUCUUUGUGAUGCACAUCUAUGCCACAGUCAGCCCUUUUGUGUUUAUGAGUACUGAAAAACAUAUAGUUAACAUUUUGAGAGGGUGAUAAAUGUUUGAAUCUUCACUGAAUGUCAAGAUUCUUUAAGAAAAGCUAAUGACCUGGCAUCAGAACUGUCAACCAUGGCAUGCUGUAUAUGUGCUUUGCCCCAUGUUAAAUAUGAAGAUGUUUUUCUGUUAAAAUGAUUUAUUUUAACCAACAUGAGAGUAAAUAUGUAACAGAAGAUUUAACAACAUACACUUAGAGAUAUGAUAAGGGUGUUUCUAAAUUUAUUUUAGUUUUUAUUUCUCAAUGAAAGGAUCCCUAUGAGGUAGUUUUUGCCCAUCUAGGUCUUCAAUGUCCCACACUGUUUGAAUGUGUGUGACCACUUCAAGUACGUUUUGAUGUUUCAAUUUUCUGUUAUGAAUUUUGAUAAAUUAGAGAACCAUUUCUUACCAAAAGUAGUGCUAUGAUCCAUAAAGAAAAUGAAUUAUAUACAUAACUUUUAAAGCAGAAUUAUGUGCAAAAGGUACAUAGUGACUUGUACAGCAAUACUAAGAAUAACAGGAUUUAAAACUCUCAGGAUUUCAAAUGGAAACAACAGCCUAGAAUUAACAGGGCAUAUGACUGAAACACAGCCUCUGCAUGGUGUGGGAUAGUGGUCAAUCUUUAAGUGCAAGGCAAUUCCUGGUGCUGUGGGAUGGAGCCCCCCAAAACAGGAAAUAUCCACACCACAGUGGCCAGCUCCCUGGAAGUUCAAGACUCUACCCCACACCUCUCCUUAAACCCUGUUUCUCCUCAUUCAGUCUGCACUGUAAUCAGCUUCUGAAAAAAUCUGUUACAUGGGGGAGCAUUACUGCUCAUUGGACAUUUGGUCAAAUUCUACUAAGAAGUUUAAGAAACCAAUCAAACAUAAGUCACUCUAGAUUGCUAAAGCAAGGAGACACAGGGUGCAAAAAAAACCUUUCUAAAAAUUAACUUGGACCUCAGUUUUUUGACCGAUAUCCUCUAGGCUUAUUGUUUCUAUACAAUUAGCUGAUUGCUGACUUCAACUUGAUUGUCUCACCAUUGGUUAUUUUCAACAACUAUGGAAUGUAGACAAACCAUGAACUUCCUGUAGAAAGUGAGAUAACUCAAUGAGAGAAAAGUAAGUUUUAUGUGAUAACUUACUGACUGAUUGACUGAUAGAGUUUGGCAAUAUAGUUACACACAGACACACAAAAUUCAAUGCCACUUUUAGGUUCAAGAAAAAGGCAACAAUUUUUUGUUUUGUUUGAUGGACAGACUUUCAAUUCAGCAGAGAAACAAGUGUCAUAAAUAUGUGUAUUUAUGAGAUAUGUGAUGUGUAUGUAUUCACUAGCACUUAUUGAGUAGCUAGAGUUUUCAAAUGGCAUGUUUGUAUGUUUUUGGUACUUCCUAAUAAUAAAGACAUAUUUUCUUCCUACAAGU